GGCUACUGUGACUCAGCUUUCUACUUCUUCCCCUCCUCGCCCACAACUCGCUUCCACUCCAAGAACAACUUGCCUGCAGCUUUCUUACAUUCAGAGAUUGCAUGGAAGGGCUGACGGGCGAGCAGAUGUUGGCGUUCAAGGAGGCCUUCUCCCUCUUCGACAAGAACGGCGACGGAUGCAUAAGCUUGGAAGAGCUGGCUGCGGUGACUCGCUCUCUCGGCCUUGAGCCGACUGAACAGGAGCUCAACGACAUGAUGCGUGAAGUCGACACGGAUGGGAACGGGAUCAUAGAUUUCCAGGAGUUCCUGAACCUUAUUGCAAGGAAAAUGAAGGAUGGAGAUGGUGAUGAAGAGCUGAAGGAAGCUUUCGAGGUCCUGGACAAGGAUCAGAACGGUUUCAUCUCCCCUGUUGAGCUGAGGACAGUGAUGAUCAACCUCGGGGAGAAGAUGACAGACGAGGAGGUUGAGCAGAUGAUCAACGAGGCGGAUAUUGAUGGCGACGGGCAGGUGAACUACGAUGAAUUUGUGCUCAUGAUGAAAAAUGCCGAGCGCAAGAUAUCUGGGUGAUUGUAUAUUCGUAUGCUGCUGAUAGAUGUGAACCACCAGUUCUCAGGUAGGAUGCAUUGUCUCCACUGUAAAUUCGCCGCGGGCAUCUUGCAACUUGUAAUAUCAUUACUUUCGUUUUCUGAAACCAUUGUAAGCUUGGAUGUUUCUCUUAGAAGUUGCCUGUGAAUUAUGCGAUUAAAUUUGUCACAAAUAUAUUUAGAUGACAAUCUUUAUGUUCUUUUAGACUCAA